AUAAGCAAUGUUUUUAAUUUUUUAUUUUUUAAAAGCCCCUAUAUAUAUAUAUAUAUAAACAAAUAAAUUCCUCUACAUCAUCAACAAUACCGUGAUUUAAAUAACAAAAAAUAGAUAAGCAGAUCCUUGGAUUCAAUUGCCGCCGGCAGGCCUGAAUUCAAUUCGCUGGUAAACUCCCCUGCAUUUUGCUUCUCUCUCAUUCCUCUUACGAUUUAUCAGCAAUUUUUCUUAAUCAGCCCAAUUUUAGUAAAUUAUCAAAACCAUGGGAUCUGUUACCGAUACUGCAAACAUGGGAUCUGUUACCGACACUACAAACACGGAAUCUGGAAAGAAGGUUACCGUCAUUUUUGUAUUGGGUGGCCCUGGCAGUGGCAAAGGCACCCAGUGCACUAAUAUCGUCCAAAAUUUCGGGUACACUCAUUUAAGUGCUGGCGACCUUUUACGAGCGGAAAUCAAAUCUGGUUCUGAGAAUGGUACCAUGAUCCAGAACAUGAUCAAGGAGGGAAAGAUUGUGCCAGCUGAGGUGACUAUUAAGCUUCUUCAGAAAGCUAUUCAGGAAAGUGGCAAUGAAAAAUUUCUGAUUGAUGGUUUUCCUCGCAAUGAGGAGAAUCGCGCAUCCUUUGAAUCUAUUACAGGAAUAGUGCCAGAAAUUGUUUUGUUUUUUGAUUGUUCAGAGGAGGAGAUGGAGAAGCGCCUGCUUAACAGAAACCAGGGAAGAGAAGAUGAUAAUAUUGAAACUAUAAGGAAGCGUUUCAAGGUAUACAUGGAAUCCAGUCUCCCGGUAAUUCAGUACUAUGGCAAUCUUGGAAAAGUUAGAAGGAUUGAUGCAGCAAAGCCAAUAGAUGUUGUUUUUGAGGAAGUUAAAGCUAUAUUCGAGAAGGUUGAUGCCUAGAUGUUUUAUAGCUAACCAAGAAUAUCAGGCAUAUUUUUAUUGAGGUAAUAUAUGAUAGGAUUUGGAGGUUUAUUAUGAUUGUAUAAGAAACACACUAUAUUCCUAUUUUUGUUUUCUCCCCUGAUUUUGUAAGGGAGAUGCCUAUACUUAGAACUCUGGGUUCUAAAGAAAAUGUGUAAGCUGAUGAAUUAUCGUGGAGUUAUUUUGAUUUAUAAGUGGGUUGCCCAUUAUCAUUUUGAUAAUA